AUGAAGGAACCAUGGGCGUCUGGCUACACAGUUGGCAACUUAAUAUGGGACCCCAUCGCGUUACACAACCACGACGAUUACUCGCAAUUUCAUUCUUCGAAUAAUGAAGCGAAGCCGUUGCAACAACUGGUGCACAAACUGAGAAGCUCGAUCGAGAAAGUGGAUGGAGAGUUCAUGCAGAGGCUAGAAGGCGGAGCUGGGAGGGAAGAACACAUGAGAAAUGAGGAGAUGAGGCGGAAGAUGAUGGCGGCUGGUGCUCAAAGCGGGAGCAAAGUGAUGCACUUUGUGGUGUCGAGCGUGAUUAGGCUGGGAUUAUAUGACGUAGAUUUUGGAUGGGGAAAUCCGGUUUGGGUUAGCAUGGCUAGAUUUGCUGAUAAUAUAAACAAUCUUGUCGCUUUGAUGGAUUCGCCAACUGGAUAUGGAGUUGAGGCUUGGAUCGCCUUGCACGAGCAGGAGAUGACCUUGUUAGAGCAUGAUAAUGAGUUCCUCGACUAUGCAAAGAGUACUCCAAAUGUACUCUACAGUACUUAUUUGUCUAAACUAAAUCAAUAUUCUUUCAAAUGA